AUGAGCGACUCCAACCACCAUGGCGCCACCAUUGAGCAGGUAGCCCAGGCUAUUCCCAACCCGAGCCCGCCCUCACCCGUCGCUGUCCCCGAGCAGACCAAGACACCGGAGCUACUCAAGGCUCCCGCGCGACCUUCGGUCCAAUCCCGCAAGUCCAGCUCCGGUAUGAAUGGGCCCUUGUACAUGCAAACCUCGAACAACAGAGUCUUGAUCCGCAGAGUCAAGAGGAAAGGAGAUGGUGUUUUGAAGAGCUUGUCUCGCUGGUUCUUGGAGAACCAAGCCGGCUUCUCUCUCAACCUCCUAGCCCUCUUGUUCCUUACACACAUGUUCAUGUCCAAGGCGCGGCCGUACACCACACGCUUCUUCACGUUGUCCCACUACGACCACGAGUCCGGUCUAUACGCGAAUGGCACCGGUGAUACCUACUUCGUUGCCUUCUGUGUCGUUCUGUUUACCGGUCUUCGAGCUGGCUGCAUGGAACACGUCCUCGCUCCUUUCGCCAAGUUGAUGGGAAUUGGCAAGAAGAAGGACAUUACGAGAUUCGCCGAACAAGCAUGGCUGCUGGUCUACUACUGUGCUUUCUGGCCCCUUGGCUUCUACCUCUAUUUCAAGUCGCCUUAUUUCUUGAACUUGCAGGAGUUGUGGACCAACUGGCCUGCGAGAGAGAUUGAUGGUGUCAUGAAGGUUUACAUGUUGGCUCAGUUUGCUUUUUGGCUGCAGCAGGUCCUCGUUAUUCAUAUCGAAGAACGCCGCAAGGAUCACUGGCAAAUGUUGACACACCAUUUCCUCACUAUCGCACUCGUCGGCGCCGCAUAUGCUUACCAUCAAACACGUGUGGGCCACUUGAUCUUGGUCUUGAUGGAUAUUGUCGAUCUGUUCUUCCCGCUUGCGAAAUGUCUUAAAUACCUUGGAUACCAAACGGCCUGCGAUAUUAUGUUUGGGCUUUUCGUGGUUUCCUGGUUUUUUGCCCGCCACGUAUUUUAUCUCAUGGUUUGCUGGAGCAUCUAUGUCGAUCUCCCCGUCUAUCUGCCUGACCGCUGCUGGCGAGGCGUCGGCAAGAACAUGUCCGGCCCUUACCCCGUGCCUGCUGGACUUUCUUAUCUUCUUGAGCCAUUCCAGGAUCCUCAAGGCUUGGUCUGCUUCAACAAGAGCAUCACCAAGGGAUUUUUGAGUUUCCUCAUGGCUCUUCAAGUCAUCACCUUGUCAUGGUUCUGCCUGAUCUUGAAGCUCGUCAUUCGUGUGAUCCGAGGUGGCAGUGCAGAUGACCCCAGAAGUGACGAUGAGGCCGGUGAAGAAGAGGAGGAAGAGUUCGAGUACGAGGAGGCUCAACCAUUGGAGGAGGAGGUUGGUGUUGAGGCGAUUGACCUUAAGAACUGGGAGCGACGUACUGGAGUCAAGCGGUCCGCUGCAUCGUCCGGCGUGAGUUUACCUGGACACAGCGACCGCAAGGAGUUGCUCGGCAGAAUUGGAUGUGAGAAACAGGUCGAGUAA